AUGGGUGUAAGAAAAAAGUUGAAGGAAAAGAUAUUUGUACCCAAUUCGAAUGAAAGUCCAACAGACUUUGCUGAACCAUUGUUGCAUGUAACAGAAACGGGCAAUGACGGUGAUGAGUCAGCCAUAUUUUUGGACAAAGUUUAUGCUAGCCUUAAUGAAUUUAAUGAACAACAUCGUCGAUUAGAUAAAAAUAAAAGUUAUGAAACUGACAUACGGAUGAUGGGCGGUUAUGCUGUUGAUAAUAUUGAAAAUAAAAGAUUUGUUGUUUGUCUUGAUGUUUAUUUUUAUUUGUAUCGUAAAAUAGAUGAAUACGCUAGUUCUAAUCGGAUCACUACACUUCUAAACGAAUCCGAUAAAUUUAAAAAGACAUUGUUAGUCCAUGUUUAUCAAACGUUUACAUCAACUGGAGGAUUAACACCAAAUUUAACGACAAAAAACGCAGAUAUAAUUCCAGAAAUAAUCGCUCGUCUGAUCACUGGCCCUGGUCACAAUAUCAUCGUCAACUAUCUGUCGUUUUCAUCGGCUUUUGAAGAAUUUUCAUUUGAUAUUCCAACCUUUAUUCAUUUAAUGACAUUGUCUGGAAGAUCUAGUUCAUUAAGCAACAUUUUCCACUAUGCGGAGAAGCUUGGUUAUUUGAGUAAAACAGAAUUUUAUGAACAGUAUCUUGAAUUAUUUGCCCGAGACGCACACAAAACUAAAGAUACGUCAAAUGAUAAAUUUAACGAUUUAAUGAAAUCCGCACUUAAUAAAUUACCAACAUUUUAUGAACAAUGUCGAGCAAAAUUUAUUCCCAUUUUAGAAACCAUUUUCUAUUCAUAUGUAGAAAUGCUUCCAAAUGCAACUAUUCCUCAUCUCGAUCUUAUUAAUCUACCACAUAUUGAUUAUUUUAUUCAAUACAAUAAUUCAAAUUUAUCACAACCUCAACUAAAAUAUCAGAUACAGACAACAACUAUACAUGGAUUUGUUCUACAAGCUCAUUCAACCGAAAUGCCAAAAUAUCUAGUACCAGAAGAUGGAACAUCACUUACAUUUCAACCUAUUAUUGCUUGGUUAAAAAUUUAUGAAGUAGCUAAUAUGGAUUUUUUGUUAAUUAGUCUGAAAGAAAUCGAAGAAAAUGAUAUGGAGUUGGUGUUUGUGAAAAAUUUGGUUAAAAGUCUUCUAGUUAAACUCAUACCACUAUCAAGUCAUUUACAACGUUUAUGUCGAUUGCUUAGCUGUUCAACAUCAUUCAUAAUAACAAAUCAAGAUGCAAUUAAUUUAAACAGAAAUGCUCAAGAAUUUAUCAAAAAAAUAAAACAAUCAUCAUCAGCUAAUACAUUUGAUGUCGGUGAAAAGUCGAUUGGUGAGAAACUGAUUAAAAUCAGUGGUAGACAACUAAUACAAUGGUCAUUAGCAUGCGAAAAUCAUCCUUGUGAUAUCCAGAUAUUACAUACAAGUUCAACAGCAAUCAAUAAUUAUCAUCGAAACAUAUUAUUUCGACAACAGGAUGUGCCGAUUAAUUCUUAUAUAUUGAAAGGAGAAUACGAAACGCAACGUGGAGGAAAUUUUAUAUUUCUAGUCGAUAAUCACAGUGGAUAUAUACCAAGAAAACUAUAUAUAUUUAAAAAUUGUUUUGAUGAACUUUAUAAUGAGCCACGACAAGUAACGACAAAAGAUGUAGCUAGUCUAUUAAGUAAAGAUGUAUUUAAAUUUAUUGAUAAAUUAUUAAUUGGUGAUGUUAGUUUAACUGAAAUGUUAAAUUUGAAAACAACAUUUUCUAAUGAUAGUAUUGAUAUAAAAUAUGAAGUUACAAAAUUAUAUUUAUCUCAAGGUAGUGAUGCUAAAAAUCUAAAAAGACAAAUCGAAAAAAUAUGUGAAUGGUUACAGAUAUAUCAAUAUUUUAGUUUUAUAUCAACAAUUAUUGACUGUAUUAAAUCUUUUGAAAUUAUUGAUGAUAAUAAUCAAUCAAUAACACAACUAGAAAUUGUUAGUAAUAUCGAAGAUAAACGUUUAAAACAUAUAUCAGAAUCAAAUGAAACAUCAAAAAUUAUAUUCAACGGAUUGGAUAACAGACAUUUACAAUUAAUUAAAGUAACAUUGGAAUGUUCAUCUGUUAUAAAAACGUUUAAAAGAGCUGCAUUAUAUAGUCCAAAAGGAAGAUUAAGAUUUCGUGAAUUACGUGAUAAUUUAACGACACAAUUUCAAUUACAAGAAAAAUUUAAUCUAAUAUUAAACGCUCUCAUUGUUACUUAUGCUGUACGUGAACCAUUUGUUGUAAACGCAAUGGAUGUUAAAGAGUUUUUUAAACGUCUAUUAAAUUUAUAUAAUAUUGAUGAAUCGAUUAAUCAAUUACAAAUUGUUAAUGAAAAUAUUCAAUUAGUUACUUUAUGGUUAGCAACAGAUGAAAUAAGCACUUUAGAUAAUGCAUUAAUAACAAUGGGACGAUUAUAUAAAAAUGGAAAAGUUGAUAUCCAUUUAAAACAUUUAAUUGAUGAAAAAUCCUAUUUUGAAUUAAAUUAUUAUAUAGAAAAAAUGCGUAAUAUAACAACAUUGCAUGAGCUUGAGAAUAAUAAUGCUCGUCUUUCUUCUCAAGAAGCAAAUCAAAGUGUUAUGAGACGUCAUAGUAGUAACGAAAUGGAAAAAAUUCAUUUUACAAUGUCACAAUCUGAUAUAAUUGAUCAUAAACGACAACUAACAUUUUGUAAUGUUGAUUUAAAAAAUAUUUCACAUAAAAAGUUGAUGCUUAAUGAACAGUUAGAAAUAUUAAAAAUCAUCGAAAAUAGUUUUUCUGUACUGAUUAGACUAGAAUCGGUAGGACAUCCACACUAUCAAAUGAAAAUAAUGUCUUAUGAUAUCAGUGACAAAAAUGGUGAUUUAUCUUCAAUAAUGCAAAAAGAAAAUGAACAACAACAACUGAAUACAACUGAUAUAAAUCAACUGCAAACGUGUUUAAAAGUUUGGAUCGAUAAUGUAAGAAGUCAAUUAAAAACUUUAGAAAUAACAUUAAAUAAUUGA